UACUCGACAUGGAGUUGAAGCUUCCGGGACACGUCACGAGUGGCUCCCACGGUUUUUGGGCAUGGGACAAUUCAGUGCCAUUGCCGCCCAGGAAUGUCCGAUAGACCAUUCGUCAGAUGCGUGGAAAAAUAUGACACCACCGACUGGCCAUCCUCCUGUUACCCCACACUCUCCCGCCAUCGCAGGUGCAAUUUUACUCAGCAAUGGCUCGGAAGAACCACAAUCCCCAGCCAUCCGACAUGCGGGUUCUUGUGCCCAUACACAAUGCUGUCAAUGAGCGUGCUUGGAGCGAGUUAAUGUGGUGGGAGAAGGGUCAAGGCGGAGAGAAGUGUGGUGGUGUCAAGUUGGUUAGUUUCAAAGGCCGACCACAGGAUAGGACGAUUCGUGCCUGGUUCAACAUCAUGUUAGGGUAUCAAGCACCUUUUGAUCGGCAUGACUGGAUAGUUGAGAGAUGUGGCGUACGACAACGUUACAUUAUAGACUUCUACACAGGGCGCAAUGCGACGCCUACUACUUUUGACCAGAAACAAUCGGAUCCAUCAUCUCCCCCUAACCUUUCCUUCUACCUGGACGUUCGACCAGCUGUUGAUAAUUGGGAUGGUUUCCGGCUCUGUGCGUUGAAGUUCUGGGAGUCGAUCGUCAGAUAAUCGUGUAUGGGAG